AUGUUACUUCGAACGGUUCUGAGCUUUGCUAUCUUUGCACAGGCCUCCUUCGGCGCUGCACUAAAUGCGCGGGACGACCAUGGCUGGUGUUACUGCUAUCGAAAGGGUAUCCCUGACACCGGCGAGCUCGCGCACGGCCUAGAUACAGGACUCACCGGUAAUGUUUGCGGUAAAUUCCCAGUGUCUGUCACUUUUAGUGAGCUGGACAGCAAGGCAUGGUCCCCUUCUUCCUUAGAAUAA